CCCUUGCUCUCGUUCGCUGUGGCAGAUAUCGGUCGGAGUUUUGGGGAGCCGGCGGCGCCUCCUAUCUCUGGCAGCAGACGGUGGUUUAAAGGAGGUGGCGGGAAGCCGGUGUUUGGUCGAAUUCGUCUCCCUCAUGGUCGCCUGGAUUUUUCACAGUCAAAAUUAACAAAGCAAAAUAAGCCAAGAUGUCUGUUGAUCCAAUGACCUAUGAGGCCCAGUUCUUUGGCUUCACCCCACAAACUUGCAUGCUCAGGAUCUACAUCGCCUUUCAGGACUACCUCUUUGAAGUGGUGCAGGCUGUUGAACAGGUUAUUCUGAAGAAGCUGGAUGGCAUCCCAGACUGUGCGAUUAGCCCAGUCCAGAUUCGUAAAUGCACGGAAAAGUUUCUUUGCUUCAUGAAAGGACGUUUUGAUACCCUUUUUGGCAAAAUGGAGCAGCUGUUUUUACAGUUGAUUUUGCGUAUUCCCCCAAAUGUCUUGCUUCCGGAAGAUAAAUCUCAGGAGAUGCAUCCUUAUAGUGAGGAAGAAUUCCAGCUUCUCCAAAAGGAAAUUGAACAGUUACAGGAGAAGUAUAAGACUGAAUCAUGCACUAAGCAGGCCCUUCUUGCAGAAUUAGAAGAGCAAAAAAUUGUUCAGGCCAAACUCAAACAGACAUUGUCUUUGUUUGAUGAGCUUGAGAAUGUCGGCAGAGACCAGGGGACUAGCGAUUUUAGGGAGAGCUUGGUGUUCCUGGUCCAGAACUCCAGAAAGCUACAGAAUAUUAGAGACAAUGUGGAAAAGGAAAGCAAAAGACUGAAAAUAUCUUAACUUCUAAAUAGUCAAAGGGGCUUGUCAGAAGGUAGAAUGGUAAGGGAUUUAUGCCAAUGACUUUUCUUAGCCUAGUGAACUGUAUAUUUUGGGGAGUUUUCUUCGUUUCCUCUUUCUCAGUUUCCACAUCUUCCCCUUUUUUUGGUCCACUCUCUUGAAGCAUCCAUGCACUGUCCUGAACCAAUAGGCCUCUAAUAGGUGGGAAGGGAUUCUUGGUUCAAUAAUGACUCAUUUUGGGGGCAUGACUGAAGAAGUAAAGCUUUCCCUGGACUUUCAAAGAUAUUUGUAAAACUUGUACCUUGGUCAUGAGUCCUUUGAAACCUUAAUCCUUUUGACUUACUCUUUGGAUGAGAGCAAAUAACUAAAAGGUUAAAUGGACAUGAUCUUUAUUAACCAGCCACCACCCUGUGGGACAGCCGACACAGACUUUUUGUUCUUGCCCAGUAACUUUUCUCACGUGAGGAAGUUAAUAACUAGCUGAAGGAAGCAAGUAGCAGAAAAAACAAACAACCAUGAUCUUUAGAAAGAAGAAAGAAGUUUUUGUUUCUAAAAUAAAUCCUUUCCAUGUCCAAGGCCUUGGUGGUGUUAAACAGUUUACUGUCUUGGGGCCUAGCAGUGGAAGACACUGGACGAAAAAGAAGCAGAUCUCACUGGCCUAGAACAGGAAGCCUGGACCAUACUCAUAUCAAAAUUUAUGUUAACUAACUGUUAGGUAUUUAUACCUUUAAAAAAAAUGCUUCAGUUAGUUUUGGAAUCUGUCUUGUAUCUAAUAUUUAAUUAACUUAUUUAUUCACACUCAUAAGCAUCAAAUAUUUAGUACUCUGAAUGAUAAAUUUUAAAUGUGUCUUGUGCUUAAAUUCAAUGGAGUCUAAUUUUUCCUUUUGUAACUAAUCCAUGUAAAAUGUUAGCUCACCCAAGGAGAGGGGAGAAACGACAGCAGUUGCUCUUAAGGAGUUACUUGCCUUCCAUGUCUUCCUGAAGAGCAGGAUUUAGAGUUUAUCCUUCACAUAGAAGUGUAACUUAAGGUAUUAUUAUUUGCAAUUAAAUAUUCAUCAGUUUAGGAA